UGUCGUAAAUUAAUAUUUUUUAUAAAAUGAAUAUUCUUAAAUUGCCAGUAUUUUUGAUCAUUGUUUUGUUGAAUAUUUUUCAAUCAAAUGCAAUUGAAAUUUUAGAUAACAAAAAUGAAACUGCAUCCAAAAGAUUUGGUCCUCAGACAAGAGUUGAUAUGAAUAUAAAUAAUCGGGUUGAUGCCAAAUUGGUUGCAUUACGCACAGUGUUACUUCAGAACGGUUACGACCCACUGGAUAUACCCGACAUUGAACAAUCAUUCGAAAUUAGGCCAAUUCUAAUUACAUAUCACGGUAAAUUAAAAUUAAAAAAAGGUUGGUUGCAAGAUAUGCGUACUAUUACACGUUUGGGUGAUGCUUAUGUAAAAAUUGGUAUUGGCCAAAAGCAAUUGGCACGUUUGUCCCUAGUAAUACCAAAUCUUGAGUUUGGUUUUGAUUAUUCAGCAAAAUUCAUGCAUUUAGGACCAACGGGAUCGAUAAUUGGAAAUGUAAAGGAUAUUCAAAUUUAUUUGGAAUUGUAUUAUUAUGUUAUUCAAGAUUACUAUCAACUUGUAUAUUCUGAUUUGUAUGAUAUUGGUGUAAUUGAUUUAAAAUUAAGUGGAAAUAUUUUAACAGAUCCAAUCGCUAAUUUAUUUAUUGGUAUUGUCACGAAUAUUGUUCAUGAGACAGUCGUUUCAGUUGUAAACUCAACGAUUUAUAAUGUUAUUGAUGAUAUUAAUGAAAUUCUCCAUCCAAAAUUAUUGCAUUAAUAUUUAGUAAUUUUAUAAUAA